CGUAAAUACUCACGAAGGGGCGGUUUUUGCAGGAACCUUGGGAUUUUAGGACACCGUCUAGCAUUUUACGGCUAGCGUUAGGGGUUGCCCUUAGAAACGGCGGUAGUCGCCGCGGGAGAAUUGAGCCGUAUUUUCAAUUAGGCAACGGGUUUAACCGGCGAGCUGCAAAGAGGAGGGAAGAGACGCUGGGAGAAGCUUGAUAUUUCUGAAUUUGCUGGUUUUAUUCAGCUCACCUCUGGUCAUGUCCAACGUUUGGCAGCAUCCAUAUGUUAACAUCUUUAAGCAUUUCAAGGUUGAAGAGUGGAAGAAGGCAACAAAAGAAGGAGAUGUCACAACUAUUAUGGACAAGACUCUCAAGUGCACAGUGUAUCGAAUCCGGGGUGCGAUUCCUGCCAGCAAUUACAUUCUUCUCCCCAAGACGAGCACUCAGUCUCUUGGUCUAACUGGACGAUACCUUUAUUUGCUGUUCAAGCCCACACCUGAGAAACACUUUGUAGUGCACUUGGAUGUUGCCACAAAGGAUUGCCAAGUGAUCCGUAUUUCAUUUUCCAACCUAUUUAAAGAGUUCAAGUCAACAGCAACAUGGCUGCAAUUUCCUUUUGUCUGCGGUGCCACAAAAGACUCUGUUUAUGACCACACCUCUAAGACAGCAAAACAAGAUCUGGUUGGGCCUGCACCAAGUGGGGUACGGUGGACUUGUCUAAUGAUGGAUUUGCGCUACACUCUGUCUAUCUACCUGAAUCGCCAUUAUAGCCACCUAAAGAGUAUCAAGUUCUGUUCCAGUUUGCUGGUAAAGAAUGCUUUUACCAGUGACUUGGUCUGUGAUCCAGGUCUGACAUUUGCUGAUGCAAAGCAAACUGGUUUAACUUUGCAAGGCUUUGGUCCAAUGCCGAGAGAAAUGUGUUUCCCAGUGCACAGUGGUGAGAACUGGCAUGACCUCUAUGACUAUAUCAGAUUUCCUUCUGAUGGAAGCAAGAUGCCUUUUGACUCAAUUCAGAAAGGGCAGGCAAACCCAGUAACAGCUCAUCCACCAAAUGUAAACUUGCGUCGACAGCAAACACGAACUGUAAAUAUCAGUAAACCUAUCAAGGACAGAGUCUCCUUAAUUCAACAGAUUGUCAGCCCUAAAAUGCUUCCUCGCCAUUGCCCUCCUCUGUUAACUACUAGUCUUCCUGAGCUAUGUCUCACGAAUGGGAUGUCACAGGGCAUGUUACUGACUGACACUAAGAGAGAAGAUGAGCUUCAAAAUGAAGAAGGUGCGGCAUCAGAAAUAUCAAGCCCUGGCAUUGAAAUUAUUGGUGGUGGAGAUCAUUCUGUUCAUGUAUUUGCACAGAAAGAUACUGACAUCACUAUUCACAGGCAUGACAGUGAAGCAGAGGAGACCAUGGCCACAAAAAUAACUGGACCAGUGUCGCUAUCUGCUAAAAAAGUGCAUGAACAUACAAAAUUGCUUCCUGACCCCAUCUUAAAGCUAAAUCGGAUUAUUGGCUUUGGAGGCUCUACAACCAAAUCUGCUUUAUGGACAAAAACUGGAGUCUCUGUGGUUUAUCCAUGCCAUGCUGUGAUAAUCUCAAUGGAUGUUGCCACUGGAAGGCAAAGGUUCUUUUUUGGUCACACAGACAAGGUGUCUGCUCUUUCUUUCAAUGGAAAUAGCACUUUACUUGCAUCUGCACAGACUGGUAAUCACAGCAUGGUGCGCAUAUGGAGUUACCCAAAAGGAGCAUGCCUAACUAUGUUCAAGACACAUGCACAUUCUGUCUGUUGUCUCAGUUUUUCUUACAAUGGUGGUGUCCUUUGUGGAGUGGGAAAGGAUAGCCAUGGCAAAAAUAUGGUUGUUUUAUGGAACACAUCAAAAGUGAAUAAAGGUGGAGAAGUUGUGAUGAUUGCCAAAGCACAUACUGACGUGGAUAUACAGACUAUGAAAAUAGCUUUCUUUGAUGACACAAGAAUGAUAUCUUGUGGUAGAGGCAAUAUCCGUCUUUGGAGAGUACGCAGUGGAGCCCUCCGCUCAUGUCCUGUUAAUUUGGGGGAGUAUCAUUCCCAAGAAUUUACUGAUGUUGCAUUUGAAGAAGGUCACUGUGCAGACAGGGAACCUGAGGACCGAACAGUUUAUGCCUGCAGCAAGAGCGGACACAUCCUUGAAAUUGACUAUAAGACUGUUAUAAUCAGAAAUGUGAGACGCCUACUUCCGUCACAGCCAAAGCACUCUCAGCGACGAGAGAAACAGACGUUCAACACAGGAUCUGGAAUUGCCAUAAACAGUAUUAGCAUCUCCUCUACAUUUUGUGCUACCGGCUCAGAAGAUGGAUUUCUUCGUUUGUGGCCUCUUGAUUUUUCCAGUGUGUUUUUGGAAGCGGAACAUGAAGGGCCAGUAAACUUUGUGAGCAUUGGCUCAGAAGGAUUAAGCAUCCUGGCUGCCACGUCUACUGGAAACUUAGGAUAUUUGGAUGUCAGCAGUCGAAAGUACACCACUCUGAUGAGGUCACAUGUGGAUACGAUUCUGGCUUUCAGCAUUGAUGGCAUACGAAGACACAUAGCUACAGUUUCUUUAGAUAAUACUAUCAGAGUAUGGGAUCUUGACUCCAUGCAGCAGCUAUAUGAUUUCAUCUCCGAAGAUAUCCCAAGUGCUGUAUCAUUCCACCCCAUGCAGCCAGUUUUUGCAUGUGGCUUCAGCUCUGGCAUGGUCCGGGUAUUCAGCAUUGCACGCUCAACAAUUCUUGCUGAACACAAACAACACCGAGGCCAGAUAACUGGUCUAAGAUUUUCACCAAAUGGAGAAUAUUUAUAUAGUGCUGGGUCAAUGGGUGCACUUGCACUCUACAGUGCAGCAGAGCAGGAACAUCAUGUCAUUAGAGUUUUGGGCAACGUGGUUGUAAGGAGACAGGGAUGGUGUCCUGAUGUACUUACUGUGAGUGAUGACAGCAGAUCCCUGGCUUUUGUUGGACCCACAGAGUAUAUUGUUACUGUGAUGGAUGCAUGUUCACUAGAUGAGCUUCUACGAAUAGAUGUGAGCAUUUUAGACCUGGAAAGCACUAAUCUGGAUUCUGCUGUGAAGGUGUGCUACGCACCCACUUCUGUUGGACACCUCUUAGUCAGCACAUCAUCAAAUAAAAUCCUCUGGCUAGAUACUAAAAGUGGACGACUUGUCCGAGAGGUGUCCAAUGUACAUAAACAGCAGUGUACUUCACUGUCUGUGAGUGAUGAUGGCCAAUUCCUGAUUACUGCUGGAGAAAAAGUAGUCAAAGUGUGGGAUUACAAUAUGAAACAUGAUGUUAACUACCAGGUAUUUAUUGGCCAUUCAGAGCAGAUCCAACAGGUAAACUUUGCACCAGAUCAGCUUGGCAUUGUUACUGUGGGAGAUGCCGUAUAUAUCUGGGAUUUUUUGGCAAGUCCAGCUGAAGUGCAACACAGUAAAAGGAUUCUGUCACCUGCUAAACCUCAAUCACCCCUCAAACAAGAUACAGAAACAAAUUGGAGCCAAAAAAGAAUGUCUAGUGGGAUGCCUCGCCAGACUGUUCCAGUUCCAAUAUCUGGUCCAUCCUGUUUAGAUAUCAGUGCCAUUAGCAGAGCAGGGCAAGAAGAUCUGGCAUCAUUAUAUGAAGAGAGAGUGGGAAGUCCCCAGCGUUGUAGUACUGCUGGGCCCCUUCAAGACUCUUUUCUCCGAAUCACACUGCCUCCAUCAAGUCUCAGAAAAAGCUUACCAUUUAAAAGCAGCAUUGAAUGUAAUAAUGAUUUGGAAGCUGAGGAUUUAUCUGAAGAAGAGAAGAAGCUGACACACAACACCCUAGCUUGUCCAGAUGCCUACAAACACUUCACUCCUAGAUUUAAAACAUCAUCGCUUGCACAGCAGAAUAUCAUAACCCCUCCUACUGGUGAAGAAUAUCUGAAACUAAAAGCUGUUAUUGGUUACAAUGGGAAUGGACGAGGAAAUAUGUUCUGGAAUCCAGACACAGGUCUGUUCAUUUAUACUUGUGGGUGUGUGGUGGUAGUUGAAAACCUUCAUACUGGAUUGCAGAAACACUGGUUGGGGCAUUAUGAGGAGAUUUCCACUCUUGCAGUCACACAUGAUGCCCAGGUUGUGGCUUCAGCUUCAAAAAAUAGCAAUGGAUCAUGCAGUUUGAUCUGUAUUUGGAGCAUCGUGGAUGGCUCCACAAGGACAACCAUUUCUUUCCACAAGGGAGAGGUGCAGGCAAUGACUUACUCAAGAGAUGAUCGCUACCUCUUAUCAGCAGGAGAUUACAGGGACUUAUCAAUUGCUUUGUGGGCAACUAGUACUUACCAGCUGUUGGCUACUGCCUCCCUCUCUGUGCCUAUUCAUGACUUAAGUUUCAAUCCUGUCUCUGACAGCAAGUUUGCUUGUGCUGGAAGUGGCUUCAGCUUUUUCUGUCUUAUUAAACAGCAGGGUAAAGAUGUGGAACUUGAGAUGCAUGAAGUAACAGUUCCAGAGGAGAUGGGAAAGGUGGAGCAAACUGCUCUUUGUUACAGUUGCAAUUCUAUUUUGUACACAUCAACCAAUAAUGGAAAGAUCUGUGCCUGGGACCUUGAUACAAAUCGCUGCUUCAUGACUUGGGAUGGUGAUGAAGGAGAAAUUGGAGUUCUUUUGUGCCGUGGCAACCGUCUACUGAGUGGUAGCAAUUCUAGGAGGAUUCGCCUUUGGUCCGUGGCAGCAGUACAUGCAAUGCGAGAUCAGAGCUCUGAAACCAGUCACAGAAAUGCCUCAGUUCUGCUGGAACAGGAGAUGUCAUUGGAUUCCACAGUGGUUUGUGCAGCCUUUGAUGAUGUUCUGGAUAUGGGGAUAGUAGGAACCACAGCUGGUACAUUGUGGUACAUAAACUGGAUUGAAAACACUAGUAUUCGAUUGAUCAGUGGACACAAGAACAAGGUAAAUGAUGUUGCCUUCAGUCAAGAUGAAACUUACUUUGCUACAUGUGCAGAAGAUGGAAGUGUGCGAGUCUGGUCAGCUGCCACCAUUGAACUAGUGGUACAGUUUCAGGUGCUAAAUCAGAGCUGUCUGUGCAUAUCCUGGAGGCCAGCAGUGCAUCCCCAGACACACAGAGAUAGCAAGCAUAUUGCAGCUGGUUACAGUGAUGGCACUCUUCGUUUAUUCAGUAUACGGACCAUGGAGAUGGAAAUGAAACUACACCCCCAUCAAGAUGAGAUCACAGCCAUCCAGUUCUCGGUUGAUGGUCAGGUUGUUCUUUCUGGUGGUAAAAAUGGCCUUAUGGCUGUGAACAGCCAUCAAACUGGAAUGACUAUCCGUCUAAUCACUGAUCACAGAGGAGCAGCAGUUACUAGUAUUCAAUGUGCAAGAAAGGGGUACAAUGAAUUUGGACUUGAAGGAAGUGAAGUAUGGCUGGCUUCGAGCUCAGAUCGUCGUGUUAGUAUCUGGGUUGCAGACUGGCAGAAGGGUAAAUGUGAGCUUCUAGACUGGCUGAGCUUCCCUGCUCCUUCCACUGAAAAGGAAUCUGACUGGUUACCUCCCAGCCUUGCUUUUUUUUCUCCUUCAGACCCUGGAGUGCUUCUCUAUGUAGGGUACGGAAUGGAGAAAGAGAUCACCUUCUACAGCCUUCAUGAGAAGCAGAUAAUCAAGAGUAUUGCACUUACCCAUUGGUCAACAUGUUUAAGCAUCUGUCCUAAAGGCAAUCUUGUUUCAGUUGGAUGCCAAGAACGUCUCUUGAAGCUAAUCAACCCAACAAACGGAAGGUUUCAAGACUUCAUUUGCCAUAGUGACUCCCUUCAUAUCUGCAGAUUUUCCCCAUCAGGCAAACAGCUCUUCACCUCUGCUUAUAAUGAAAUUUUACUCUGGGAUGUCCAAGGCUUGUAGCCAGUGGGAUUGAUGGUUUAAAGGCAAUAUUCCAUAUUGGAAUUUUUCAAAAGAUGCAUUAUUGGAUUUUUGUUAUACAUACAUUUUUACUAAGCUAUAACUUUGCCAGUAUGUAAUGCUGCAGAGAAAUUUCUCUCAUUUAUGAGGUUGACAGAAGCAGGAAUUUAAAAAAUGACGUGGAAUGUUGCUGACAAUCAUUUUAAUCUGUAAAAAUGAGACAUUGUAAGAUUUAUUUUCAUAUUUUAUUUUUUUAUGAGUUUCUAGCUAACAUAGGACCAUGAACAAGGUACUUUAUAGGUUAGAUGCACACAGUUGAUUAAAGUGUGUCUUUUCAAGACUGGCAUCAAGUUCUAAUUCAGUUGGCUCUGACUGUCUCUGAAUCUUUGCAUUUAAAUGACAGAUUGGGAUAGAAACAGUCAAUUGGUUCCAGAGAGCUGUGAACCUGGCUGCAAAGGAAGGUCUGCAAAAGAGCACAGGUUGUACAUUUAUGCAAAAAAUUAAGUCAUUUGUAUAAAAUGUUGAAUUUGCCAUCUUUCUACUCUUCUUUUAGCUGUAUCAGCACACUAUGUAUAGAUUUGAUUAUUUGCAAUAUAAUUUUUUAUAUCUUUUAAAUCAGUUUUGUAAUAUGUGCAAUUUUU